AUGGCUAGUGCACUUGCUGCAGGGGUAAACCCCGUGGACUUGGCUCGGAGGGAAAUGAGCUUUUACGCAGACCUGUUUCAAAAAAUGACGGAUUCAUGCUUCCGCAAGUGCGUGACGCGGUAUCACGACGGCGAGUUGCAAACUGGUGAGGGUGUCUGUGUGGAUCGCUGCGUUUUCAAGUACAUGGGCGCCGUACAGCGUAUUGGAGAGCUGUUGCAGGAGGGCCAACCCAUGCCAGCGGCAGGUGGUGCUCCAUCCGUACAGUGA